GACCCCCCCCCCCCCCCCCCAGGGCUGCGGGGCGAUGAGGCAGCAGAGAGGAUGAUCAGCCCCUGGCUACACUCCUUCCACCAACACCACUACCACCAAGAGCAGCAGCCCUCCCAGGCGAGGAAACAAGGUAUGAGAAAUGAGUGUUGGAAGGAGAAGAUUAAAACUAGUGGGACUACUUAUGAUGAUAAAUUUCUUUAUCUAUGUCAUCGUUGAAGUAUCAAAAAGUGACAGUCAAGAUAAAGAUUCAAAAGGGCAACUUCUUCUUCCCCAUGGCAGGUUCUGGUCAAAGCGCUCACCAAGCAACGCUUAUUGGAAUCGAGAACAGCAAAAGCUGGAUAGACUGUACAAUCCAAUCUUAAACUUGCUGAACAACACCACAGUUGAAGAAGUUGUAGCCUCCAAUACCAGCCUUUUGAAUUCCUGUGAUAGGGAUGCAAGUGUAGAAUCUGAAAUAAAAGACUUCCAGAACUUGCCUGAACGGUUCAAAGAUUUCCUUUAUUAUUUAAGGUGUAAAAAUUACUCUUUGAUUUUGGAUCAACCUCAAAAAUGCAAAGACAAGCCAUUCUUGUUGUUGGCCAUCAAGUCACUGACCCCACAGUUUGAUCGAAGACAAGCCAUACGGGAGUCUUGGGGAAAGGAACUUAACAUAAAUAACAUGACUGUUGUUAGAGUGUUUUUACUGGGGGACACACCAGCAGAGGACCACAACCCUGAUCUUUCAGGCAUGGUGAAGUAUGAAAGCGAGUUACAUAAUGACAUUCUCCUUUGGAAUUAUAAGGAUACAUUCUUUAAUUUGACUCUAAAAGAAGUUCUUUUCCUAAAAUGGGUUAGCCAUUCGUGUGCCGAUGUCCAGUUUAUUUUUAAAGGAGAUGAUGACGUUUUUGUGAACACUCAUCAGAUCCUGGAUUACUUGAAGACUUUAUCUACGGACAAAGCCAAAGAUUUAUUUAUAGGGGAUGUUAUCAAGGAUGCUGGUCCACAUCGAGACAAGAAGCUUAAAUACUACAUUCCUGAAACUGUAUAUGUAGGUUCUUAUCCUCCUUAUGCGGGGGGUGGAGGUUUUCUGUACUCCGGCCACUUAGCGCUGAGACUUUACAAUGUAACUUCUAGGGUUCUAUUAUAUCCCAUUGAUGAUGUAUAUACUGGAAUGUGCCUUGAGAAACUUGGGCUUGCUCCAGAGAAACACAAAGGGUUUAAGACCUUUGAUAUCGAUGAGAAACACAAGAAAAACAUUUGUUCCUACUCAACCUUAAUGCUGGUACAUCCAAGGAAGCCUCAAGAAAUGAUUAAGAUUUGGGCCCAGUUGCAAGACUCUCAUUUAAAUUGUUAAAAAAAAAAAUGUGUAGAGAUGUUCUGUGCCUCUUGAAAGAUUAAUAAUAUUGCACUGCAGAUGUAGCGAGACCUUGUGCAAAUAGCACGUUUUCGUUACUCUGACAGGGUUUUCUACUAUAGUGUGCAUUUUUAGGAAUCCAAAGUGAAUUUCUAAUUUCAGCCAAAAUUGAUGAACUGAAAACAGAUGGCUUAGAGAAAGUUUCCAAUGUCCUUAUUUUGGCUUAAAUUCACUUCGAAUUCGUGGCACACUACCGUAAAAAAACCCUGUGAAUGUUUCCAAAGAUGUCGGGUCUUAGUUUAUCUUGAAGCAAACCUGUAUUUUAUUUUUCUCUUUGUUCCCUUUGUUCUUCCUGAAUCCCCUUUCUAGCAUUGUUUUUAUUAAUGUUUAUCAAAGCUGUUGGUCCUAAAUGAUAUUCCGAGGAGCAGUUGCAUGAACAACUUUGUAAAGCUUUCAUCACAGCAGAGGUAGACUUAUAAACAUAUCGCAAAAGGAGAAGUGGGGAAGAUUCUAAAAUUAGAACCCAAUGUAAUCAUCAGGAUUGUAACUUUGGUUUCCAUGGUGAUUGUGACACUGUUAGAGCUUGUCCUAACUUUUCUAUUCGUGACCCUUUUCUAAACCUCUACCGGUAUGUCACCGUAUCUGCAAAACACAUUGCUUGAAAAUCUAUUUUUAUUAACCGAUUUUCACAUGGUUAAGAGUUCCAUUUGUUUAGUGUAUUAUGCACACAUUUGGGUUCAAGCUGCAGUAAUCUAUAGACCGCAUCCUUCCUUAUGGGUAUCUUUUUCUCUCUCUUCAUAUUUCCAUCAGUCCUUAACUUCACACAAUGAAAGAACUGGUCCCUGCAUCGUAAUGAUAGCUUGUAAAGAAUUUGUUCAUGUCAUUUCAUCGUCGGAUGCUGCUUUCAAUUUUUUUUCUUUAAAUACAGUUGGUCUGCUGUGUGUUUUACAUGUUUGGUGGCAUUGUGUGUAUUUAUUUUAACUCCUCACGUGAUGAUUCAGUGCUAUCGCAAACAUUCCUUCACAUUUGUGGUGAUUGUGAUAGUAACUGAACUUACAAUACGCAUGCUAUCCACACAAGUCUUCUAACUGUGGUUUAAUAUAAUAGUAGCAUGGUACGUGAUCCAGCUCUUUAUUCACUAGGGGCCUCUCUUUAUUGUAAUCAUUCAAAUAUUUAAUGGGAGACAUAAUCCAUCAUCCCAGUAAAUGGCUAGACUGUGCACUUUUAUUCACUCUGUACUCUAGUAGUCAAUAGACGUGUGACAAAUCUUUCAGCUGAGCCAAACGAAUCCUAUACCUUUCAAUCUAUGAACGAAGGAAUCGAUUCAUCAUGCAAAUCUGAACAAGUUGAUUUGUUCUUGCAUAGAUUGGCAGGCUUUUGCUUCUUUCAGUGCAGCUGAAAAGGGUUUGUCCAAAAGUCUAGUUGUCCGUGCAGGACACUGUAUAGACAAGCCAUUUGGCUGUUGGUUUAAGAGUUUUUAUGAAUUAUCAUUUUUGGGUUUUCUAACUGUAAUUGUAUUAUGACACGUUAAAUAGAAAAUCCUUGUUUUUUCAGUGUUA